ACCCCACGAAGCAUACGACAUACGUGCAUGAAUGUGGUCCCGUAUGAUAUUCAUAGUAUUUCUAAGCCACCAAGUUACUCCCCAACAGCUGUUCCGAGUUUGCCUAUAUACCUGGAUAUCUACUAACGCUUAGUAUAAAUACACCUUCCGCCUCGCGGUGCCUCUUCACCUUACCCAACUCUUAUUUAUCCACUACGAAGUCCCGACUUUGUAUCAUACAUAUGGAAUCCCCUAUUCUCUUUGGCGGCGUAGUGACCGCCGUCCUUCUAUGGACCUUAAUUCGAAGGUUAAUCUACCCUCGACCCCUACCCGGCAUUCCCUAUGAUAAAGAAGCAGCCAAGAAGAUUACCGGAGACCUCCCAAGUAUCGUGAGUACAUACAAGGAAUUGACCGAAUGGUCAAUACCUAUCGGCCGCCGCUCUCUCCAAUAUGGAUCACCAAUCCACAUGGUCUUUACAGCCCCGUUCACGAAGCCGUAUGUUAUGAUCGAUGAUCCGAGAGAAGUGUCCGACAUUGCGGUAAGGAGGUCGAAGGAAUUUGACAAGAGCACGAGAGCUGGUAUUUGGCAGACCUUUAUCCCGCAUUCGACUAUUGCACAGCUGUCAACGCCAGAAUGGAAGGCCCAGCGGAAGACGUGGCAAGAUGCUAUGCACCCAGACUUCCUCCGACGCGUCGUAGCGAAAAAUAUCUACGCCGCAGCCGGAGACUUGAUAAAGCUCUGGGAAGUCAGAUGUGCGCAUUCGAAUGGCCUUCCAGUUAAUGUCAGCAGUGACUUCUCCUUCGCGGCCCUCGACGCUAUCUGGACUGCGACUUUCGGCGAGCGCUUGGAAGUGGUCAAAGCUCAGAUACAAAUGCUAGAGACUGGAGAAAAAGUCGAAACCAAGGGCCUUGAUAUGCAUAAUACUGUCCAGUAUAUCAACCACCUUGCGAAUACUUGGCGAGGUUCCUCUUGGCCGGCUCUGACCCGGUGGAAAUUGCAGAGAAACCCGGCAUAUCGCAAGUACACAGAGGCUAAAGACAAGGAGAUCGAUCGUAUACUGCUAGACGCGACGGCCCGUUUCCAGAAGAUAUUGGAUAAGUCUGGCGAUGGUAAUGACGAUGGUGAAGAACAUGAUACAUGCGCUAUGGAUCUUGUUCUGAGGCGUAACAUGGUAGCUGCUCAAAAGGCUGGAAGGCCUAUUCCGGACCCAACUAAGGACGUGGGAAUGAGAGAUGAACUACUCCUCUUCAUUUAUGCUGGUCAUGAUACAACCAGUAUAACUUUGCAAUGGUUCGUAAAGUACAUGACCAACAACCAAGAAGCGCAAACCAAACUCCGGGACGCCUUGCGAUCCGCCUUCCCUGGCGACUCACUGCCCGAUGUUUCAGAACUCCUCACCAAGGAUAUCCCGUACCUAAGCGCGACCAUCGAAGAGACGCUCCGAUGUGCUGGCACGGUAGGCCGCAUUGUGCGCGUCGCGAAAACUGACACAGAGGUAUUCGGACAUAAGAUUCCUGCCGGGACUGAGAUGCUUUGUCUCACGACGCUUAAGUGGCGCCCCGCACCUGUGCCUGAGGAGAAACGCAGUGCGACAAGCCGUGCUGCGCUUGAGAAGAGUGGUGGUGUCGACUGGACACAGAAGCCUAGCGGUCAGGACUUGGACAAGUUCGCUCCUGAGCGAUGGUUCAAGACUGACGAAGACGGGAAUGAGGUUUUCGACGCUAAUGCACUACUUCAGAUCGCUUUCGGGGGUGGCAAUAGAGGUUGUUUUGGGCGACGAUUGGCCAUGAUGGAACUACGCAUCAUGAUUACCUUGGUUGUGAUGAGUUUCAAACUCCUUCCAAUACCGCCUGAGCUCAACAGUUUCCAAGUCACUGAACAAUUGCUUCGGAGUCCUAAGCAGUGCUUCGUGAAGCUUGAGGCGGCUUGAUAUUACAUGAAUGGGUCAAGGAUUGAUGUUCUGCGAGUCAAAUGGUAACUAGAUGAGGCGACGCACCGUUGUCAAUUUCGUUAUUCACCUAGAAUCCCAUGUC